AUGACAUCUGAGUAUCGUCCAAGAGUUAUUGUGAAUGGAACAAGAAGAACAAGAACGUUCCAUUACUUCUAUUGCCGUCAUUGUAGCCGUACCAUUAGGCUCCAAAACUAUGGUCUAUAUGGUCCUUUAUGUCCUUUCUGUUCUAGAGAGAUCAAUCUUCACGACGAGCUUGACAUUAUAAGGCUAAACCGACCUUAUUGGGAUACCGAUACCGAUUGGAUCACUCUCCAUCUUAUCAACCCACCGAGAGGUACCCGGUUCAACCAUGAACAAGUUAAUCAUACCGAUGAUGAAUUCGCUGAUGUCAUGCCUAACGAACCGGUCGGUCCAGCACCGGCCUCAAUAUCCGCCAUCGAGGCUGUAAAGACGGUGACGAUCUCGGUAGAUGAUUUGGCGAAGGAGAAGGUUUGUGCGAUUUGCAAAGAAGAGUUUGAAGUUGGAGAAGAAGGGAAAGAGUUGAAAUGUUUGCAUUUGUACCAUGCAAGCUGCAUUGUGUCUUGGUUGAAUAUUCAUAAUACUUGUCCCAUUUGUCGUUUUGAGGUUAACUUAGGCGUUUCCGAUAACAACAUAGACGAAGAAGGCUCUCACCGCGUCCACAAUGAUCGAACAGAUCGGGUUCGGACUAGGGUUUGUUCUUUGUGGCCUCUCCGAAUGUUGUUUGGUUGGGUACAUAGUCUCCUCGGUAAGAUCCCUCCUCCUGAUCCAACUUUCAUGGCUUUUCUACUAUGCUUUUAUGUUUUCUAA